AGUUCGAACGUCUCGAGUGGUCCCGCUUCGCAGUCACGAGUCGGUCGGUCGGUCGGUCGGUCGGUCGGUCGUCGGUCGGAAUUAAAUAAGAACGUUUUGUGUGUGUGGUGGCGCACGAAAGGGCCCGUUUAACAGUAAAGAAGAAGAAGAAAAAAAAAAAAACAGGAAAAGAAAAAAGAAACGAAAGAAUAGAAAAGUAAAGAAGAAGAAAAAAAAUAUAUAUAUUUGUAUAUGUAUAAUAUAUAUAAAGAAUUAAAACAGAGUUUCGAAGAACAAUUCGACGUGGUCAUCGAGUGUAAUAUCGAAGGUUAAUCACGAGAGAAUUAGAAAUAAGAAAUAUUAGUUAAAAAACAAAAAUAGAAAAAAAAAUAUAUAUAUAUAUAUACGUAUAUGUGUACAGAGAGAACUGCGUAUAUACAUAUAUGUAUACGUAUAUGUAUGUUUCGACGUAUAAAACUUUUCGGGGUGAAACGAAGAAGAAUGGACAUAGUGAAAAGUAAACGACAAUAAAUCGUGUUUUGUUUUUAAUUGGAAAGAAUCGAUCUCCGUAGAGGAGAGAGACAGAGAGGGAGAUAGAGAUAGAAGGAGAUAGAGAAAGAGAGACAGAAAGGGAGAUCGAUCCUAUUUAGAAAUUUAAUUACGAUAUAAAUUAUUAUAGAAAUUUCGCGAGUGUUUCUUUUGUAGUUAGAACACGAAGAAAGAGAAAGAGACAGAGACACAGAGAAACAGAGAAAGAACAAGAAAGAAGAUUUGGAGGUUAACCGUACCGAGGGAUCGCCCGGCUCGACGAGAUGGUAUACGAAAGAAACUUCGAUAUGGUGGAAACAAUGCCGCAAACAGUGCCUUCAGCGGCUGGCUAUUCGCCGUCGUUCGAUUACAGUACCUUUCAAUUCGAUUUGUCUCUUCUUCCUGAUGAUUACGGGAUCGGUGGUAAUGGUCAGAACAAUUUAAAGCCAACCCAGAUAAAACAGGAAGCUUGCUCGCCACGUCCUUGUUCACCGAUAACGCAGACUCAAAAAAUAACAACAACAACAACGACGACAAAUUAUCCAAGUCCGGCAUAUACCGGUACCGGACCCUGCGAGUUACCAUUGUCGCCAAAUUAUUCACACGAAAAUUCACCAGGAUAUCCAACGAGUCCUUAUUACGUACCAAGAAGUCCCCAAAGUGCACAAUUUUAUCCGACCAGUCCUGAACCCCCAUCGAGCAAACAACCGAUCAAAAGAGAGAAGAGUCUCGACCUGCUUGCAAUUCUUCAAGAAUCCAGACUCUUGGCCGAGAGUCUAGGAUAUCGUGAAGAUUCGACGGAUUGCACGGUACCUUGUACACCGCCUAGAACCGAGGAGGAUAUUUACAAUAGCUUGGACGCUGAUUUUUUUGCUAAGAAAGAGGACACCAGUACAGUCCAAGGUCAACAUCCCUUGCUCAAAGAGAUUCUUUUCAAGGAGGAGCCACGUUCAGCUACCAACAGUGUUUGCAGUAACUCUCCUUCCUCCUCCUCAUCCUCCUCGUCGUCAUCGUCGUCGUCAUCGUCAUCAUCGUCAUCGUCAUCAUCGUCAUCGUCAUCUUCCUCUUCUUCUUCUUCUUCUUCUUCUUCUUCUUCAUCAUCUUCGUUAUCGUUAUCGUUAGCGUUAUCGUCAUCGUCGUUGUCGUCAUCGUCAUCAUCCUCGUCGUCAUCGUCAUCGUCGACUGCUUCGUCCUCGCCAGGACCUAUCGAGUACGAAAGCACGUCGCCAUUACGCGAGUUACUCUUCAAAGGUGUCAGAAAGGACUUCAUCAACAAUCUCCAUCAACAAAGUUCAUCGACUAAAAUCAAUCAACCAAAAAUAGAGAGGCACCAGGACUUAACAAGGAACAAUCCACUCGAGAAGGAAGAAGAAUUGUUCAAGGAUACUGAGAAAAGUGAUCAUCAAUUACUUCGUGAGGUAUUACGCGAUACGAGCUUUCAAAGGAAAUACAAUUUGAGACCGGUAGAUCUUGGUGGAGUUGGUACUGGUUUCGUCGAGGACAUGGAGUCUGGUGAAUGUGUCGGUGAUCUGGCAAGAGAACAGAUUGAACCAGUCCUUAGCCUUGCGAUUCAACAACUACAGAAGGACUUUGACAAUACUUGCGUUGCUUUGGGUAUUCAUCCUGAACCUAGACGUUGGAGUGCUGCCGACGUUGCUGCUUGGGUGCAAUGGGCAAGAAGACAAUUGCAAUUACCUUCGGUGCCCUUGGAAAGUUUCAACGUGGAUGGUGCAACUUUGGCAUCCCUAACUGAGGAAGAGUUCUGUCAAAGAGCACCGCAGUGCGGCGGUAUGUUACACGCGCAAUUAGAAAUUUGGAAAGCCGCGGUCGAGGAAUCACCUAGGAAUACAUUGGCGGCAUCUUGGAGUCCAGCUGGUGUAGUACAAACACCGGUCAAUCCUGUAACAACUACUCCGUCUUCUGCCGUUGUCAAUGUUAACUCUGUCAACGUCAAAGGUUCGACUUGUACAAUUGAUUUCUCCGACGACGAGGAUGACGAUUGCAGUAAUGGUCAAACAGGUAACAACGUUAAUGGUACCAGCCCACCUGGUAAAAUGCGAAAUGGUGGUUCCCAUAUUCACCUUUGGCAAUUCCUAAAAGAACUACUACAGAGUCCAGGCGUCCAUGGUUCCUGUAUACGUUGGUUGGAUCGCGGAAAAGGUGUUUUCAAAAUCGAAGACUCGGUUAGGGUUGCUAGGCUUUGGGGUAAACGUAAGAAUCGUCCUGCGAUGAAUUACGACAAGCUUAGCCGUAGUAUUAGGCAAUAUUACAAAAAGGGUAUCAUGAAGAAAACUGAACGUAGCCAGAGACUGGUUUAUCAAUUUUGUCAUCCUUACUGUCUUUGAAAAAAAAGAAAGAAGAAAAGAAGGAAGGGAAGGAAAGAAAAGGAAAGAAGAUAAAGGGAUAAGAAAGACACGAAAAACAAAGAAAAAAGAAAAAAGAAAUACAAAACAAAUAUAAUACAAUACAAUACAAUACAAACGAACAAAAAACGAAUAACGCAAGUCAGUUCGUAUUUGAAGGAAAAGGGUAAAAAGGGGUAGGAGAGAGGGAGAUAAAAUAAAAAAAACAAAGGGUAGAAAGACAAACAGGGUUACAUAUAAUAGAUAUGUGUAUAUAUACAUACAUAUAUAUAUAUAUACACACACACACACAUAUAUAUUAGAAACGACCUCCGUCUUUUUCAACAUGCGAAUCCGUCCGAACGAUCGUUUUCUUCACUUCGUCGUCCCAAUUAAAAACUAAUUAGAAAGCUUCCCCAUACAUCUGUUUAUCUCUGCGCUGCUAUUUUGUUCGUAUGGUUUUGUAUAUGUGGGUUCUCUUUUCGUGUCUGUGUCGAAAAAAGAAUUAGUACGGAGGUCGAUAAUGGGUAUGAAUAAAAUAAAAACGAAACAAAAAAAGCAAAAUUAAAAAUGAUAC